CCCACAAUCUGAAGGAACAUGCAAGAGGAUUCUUUCCAACUUUAGUCCCCAGAUGAGAAUGCAGUCUGGCUGAUACCAUGAAUGAAGCCUGUGAAAACUCAAGCAAAUAACUCAGCUGAGCCAUAUCCAGACUUCUGAUCCACGGAAAUUUUCUCUGUCAAGAUCAGCACACAUCAUUGAAAAGAAAAUAUUGAAGACAUAUUUUGCUGAAAAGACAACUGAGAAAAAUCUUACGAAUGGGAUGAACACGCACCAGUUAAUUGACUACCUACUGCAAUUUGAAUGUUAACAUUACCUGCCUGGUACAGUUACCUAGUGAUGUACCUGCUGUCACAAUACCCUAUUUCAGCGUGCUUGUCUUGAUUAAAGAAUUCAAAGUGGAGUACCGCAAACUUGAUAUGGAUAAUAAAAAGAAAGACAAGGACAAAUCAGAUGAUAGAAUGGCACGACCUAGUGGUCGGUCGGGACACAACACUCGAGGACCUGGGUCUUCCUCCUCUGGAGUUUUAAUGGUUGGACCUAACUUUAGAGUUGGAAAAAAAAUUGGAUGUGGAAAUUUUGGAGAAUUACGAUUAGGGAAAAAUUUAUAUACAAACGAAUAUGUGGCAAUUAAACUGGAACCUAUGAAAUCCAGAGCACCACAGCUACAUUUGGAAUAUAGAUUCUAUAAGCAGUUAGGAUCUGGAGAUGGUAUACCUCAAGUUUACUAUUUUGGCCCUUGUGGUAAAUACAACGCUAUGGUGCUGGAACUGCUGGGACCUAGUUUGGAAGAUUUGUUUGAUUUGUGUGAUAGAACAUUUUCUCUUAAAACAGUUCUCAUGAUAGCUAUCCAACUGAUUUCUCGUAUGGAAUAUGUUCAUUCAAAGAACUUGAUAUACAGAGAUGUAAAACCUGAGAACUUCUUAAUAGGACGACCAGGAAAUAAAACCCAGCAAGUUAUUCAUAUUAUAGAUUUUGGUUUGGCGAAGGAAUAUAUUGAUCCAGAGACAAAGAAACACAUACCAUACAGAGAGCACAAGAGCCUUACAGGAACAGCUAGAUAUAUGAGCAUAAAUACACAUUUAGGAAAAGAACAAAGUAGAAGAGAUGACUUAGAAGCUUUAGGUCAUAUGUUCAUGUAUUUUCUUAGAGGAAGUCUUCCUUGGCAAGGUUUAAAGGCUGACACACUAAAAGAGAGGUAUCAGAAAAUUGGAGAUACAAAACGAGCCACACCAAUAGAAAUGUUAUGUGAAAAUUUUCCAGAAGAAAUGGCAACAUAUCUUCGUUAUGUAAGAAGGCUAGAUUUUUUUGAAAAACCAGAUUAUGACUACCUAAGAAAGCUUUUUACUGACUUGUUUGAUCGAAAAGGAUAUCUGUUUGAUUAUGAAUAUGACUGGAUGGGUAAACAGUUGCCUACUCCAGUGGGGGCAGUUCAGCAAGAUCCUGCUCUAUCAUCAAACAGAGAAGCACAUCAACACAGAGAUAAGAUGCAACAAUCCAAAAACCAGUCGGCAGACCACAGGGCAGCUUGGGACUCCCAGCAGGCAAAUCCCCACCAUUUGAGAGCUCACCUUGCAGCAGACAGACAUGGUGGCUCGGUACAGGUUGUAAGUUCUACAAAUGGAGAGUUAAACACAGAUGACCCUACUGCAGGACGUUCAAAUGCACCCAUCACAGCCCCUACGGAAGUAGAAGUGAUGGAUGAAACCAACUGCCAGAAAGUGUUGAACAUGUGGUGCUGCUGUUUUUUCAAACGAAGGAAAAGGAAAACCAUACAGCGCCACAAGUGACUCUGGACACGGGCAGAUCAGGGGGAGUUACUUGCGUGUUCAUCUUCUGUCUUGUGAUGAAAAUCAUCUCGUGUAGUGACCACAUAUGUUUUCAAGGACUCACUCUUAGAAACAAAAAUGUCAUACUUUCAUACUUCAUUGUGUGGUUGUCUUUCAUUCACAUUUUUUUUUUUUUUUUCUAAUUUAACUUUUAUGGAAGCUUUAAAGUUUUGUCAAAACAUGAGUGCUUUGCCCAUCAGUGAAUGGAAUGGACCAAUGAGAUAGGAUUGGUAAAAACAGUCUUAGAGGACAUUUUCAGAAGCUCUCCUCCUGCCACAGAAAGCAGUACAGUAUCUUAAAUGUCAACCAGUUACAUACCUGAUCUGGUCUUUUACAACUCCUAUAAGAGCAUAACCAAACAGGAAUUUUCUCCCCAAUGGAUAACACAACAAAGGAAAUGGAGAGUGCCCAAAUAAUUAAAGAAGUUAUUUCUUGAGAAGUUCAUUGUUGGUGUGACAUCUGCAUUGAUAUCAGCAUUACUGAUGGUACUGCUAUUUGUGAGUCAUACUAAAAUUCGCUCUGAAAUCAUGGUACAGUCACUGCCCAGAGGUACUGAGGAAAAAGCUCUAUGGGUUUGGCAGGUGGUAGUGGUAAAAUGAAUAACAAAUAAUGUGGUAAAUACGAGUUCUAUUUUUUUUUUUUAUUGUUAAAAAUUAUUUAUUGCUUUGAGAGAGAGAGAGGGAGGAAGGGAGGGAGAAAGAAACAUUGACUUGUUCCACUUAUUUAUGCAUUCAUUGGUUGAUUCUUGUUUGUGCCCUGACGGGGGGUCGAACCUGCAACCUUGGCAUAUUGUGACAAUGCUCUAACCAGCCGAGCUACCCGGCCAAGGUUGAGUUGAGCUUUGCUUUUGUGGCACCACUAUGUGAAGUACAUGUUGCUGAAGUGGCAGAAAGCACUUAUUUUAAAAAAUACAACAUUUGUAUAAUGUAACUUUAUGCUUCCAGAUAAUGUGUGUUAGACAGCAAGAGAUGAAUACUUUGAGAAAUGAGAUUAUGUGGGAGGUUUUUUUUGUUGUUUUUUUUUUUGUUUUGUUUUUAAAUACACUAAGGAGAAGAAAUAAAUGUGAAUCUCAUUGCAAUGUAUAAUGUUGAAGUCAAGGGGAUCCCAGUGAAACCCACUGCUGAAUGAUUACACUCUCCCUUAAGCAGAAAACUUUGAAUGUGCCACUCAAUGGUGUCUGUUUGUUAAUUAUUUGCUUUUUGAUUAAAAAAAAAAAAAAGAUCCCCAGCAAUAAAAACUGGGUCACUUUAUUGCCCUCUGUGCACAUUAGUGUCUUGUAUUCCACUUCGCUGGCUCUCUGGAGUUUUCUGACGUUUUAGCUUCAUUUUGAUGAUUGAAAACUAGUUUGGACAGGAUGGGCCAGGUGCUUUGCCUCCAUAGUCUGUUAAAGUGCCUGCAUAUGAACAAAGUUAUGGUUCUGUAAAAAAAAGGAAACCCAUUCAAUUUUUUCAAGUAUGCUUUGUUUUAAGUUAUAAAGGCAGGUAUUCUUUUGUCACAUCCUUCCAGCCAAGAUUUUCAAGGAGAUUUAAAACAAAAAGAUGGCUAGGAAGAAUUAUGUUGUUCAGAUCUCAUAUUCAUUUUUUGUUUAUCAAAUUGUUACUUCCUGCUUCCUUCCAGGGGGGUGGGGGGGGCCUUCUUUGUCUUUAAGUGCGAGCCUCCAGGCACGCUUAUUUAUUUUUAUUGUCUCAAGGUAACAUUUAAAAUGUGUAAUUAAAGUAAAUAAAUCUACAUUUUUGACUUCAUUAUUGCAUUUACAGGGAUUUAAUUGUACUUUGUAAUUUAUUUUUCUCGUUAGCCAAAAGUUCAAUGCAUUGUUUUUGAUGAAUUAGGCACCCAUACGAACACCGCAAAUCUGGACGUUGUUUAUCAUUGUUGCUCUGAAUCCUAUGAAGAUCUUUUUAAGUUCUUGAUUUUAAAGACCUAGACUCAGCUUAGGAAACAUUUGCUGUAUAAUUUGGUCAUCAGUUUCCAUCCUAUCUAUCUGUAUACCAUCAUGGUGUCUUUAAACUGCAGGAGUCACAUACCGAGUUGUUAUUUUUGUUUGCUUUGAGCUAAGUAGAUGGAUGUUUUGGCCAUUAUAAUGUGAAACCACUUCUUUCUUUACAGUAUUUGACCAAAUAUGUGUGUCUCUGAUACUUGUAAAUACAUGCGAUAUCUGUAUUUCUUAUCAUAAGCCUAUUUAGUUUUAUUCUCAGUAGGGUUUUUGGACUGUAUAGUGUUUAUAUGAUCUGAACUCCUUAUACAUAAGAAGGUGUGUAUAUUAAUCCAAUUAUGGACUUAAAAUAUUUUAAAGUAUAAAUACCCUUAUUUGCUGCAAAGACCAGUGUGUAUACAUUUGCUUUCUAGCAAUAUUUUUAAUUGCUCCAUUUUAAUGCCAAGUUGGCAGCACAGACUGGUCAGUAAUAGGUAAUGCAGGUAUGUUCAGGUUAAGCCAACAACGUUUUGCAUUUUUAUGCUUCUUUUCUGUCAACACUAAUGAGUCAACCUUGCCUGAAUGUCUGAAUAAUGAAACACAUCCCUGUUUAAAAGUAUGUAACUGAAAAUGAAAUAAAAAAUAAAGGUAGUUUUUUUAAACUU